AUGGGCAAGAAGAAGCGCUCACACCCCAACAUCGAGGAGCUCCUCGAGCGCCCGUGGUGCUAUUACUGCGAGCGUGACUUCGAGGAUCUGAAGCUCUUGAUAUCCCAUCAGAAGGCGAAGCACUUCAAAUGCGAUCGUUGCGGUCGCAGGCUGAAUACUGCAGGAGGUCUCUCCGUCCACAUGAAUCAAGUCCACAAGGAGACACUCUCACACGUCGAAAAUGCGCUUCCUAAUCGCCAGGCUCUGGAUGUUGAGAUCUUCGGGAUGGAAGGUGUGCCCGAGGAGGUUAGGGAGCAGCACAAACAAAGGAUCCACCAGAACUAUUGGGCAGCCCAGGACGAACGUUUCAAAGCGACAGGAAACCCUCCUCCCGGCCAAGAGCGACCAUCCAAGAAGAUCAAGGUUGAGACCCCGGAGGAGCUGAAGAAGAGGUUCGCAGAUUUCCGCGCAAAGAAGGCAGCAGGAAUACCAACGGGCACAAAUGGCAACGCGAAUCCCGCGCCUGCCAACGUUCAAAGUCCCGCACAGAGUGGCAGUCCAGGCACAUUUAAUUCGCCGUUCGCCCCUCCACAACCAUACGCCCAACCUGGUUUCCCGAACUACCCGCCAACUGGCCCGCCCCCAGCUGCUGGCUUCCAACAAUACCCUGCUUCCUCUCUUCCCGCCCGUCCACCAAGUCUGCCGACCGCACCAAACCUCCCCCAGCGACCAGGUUAUCCGGCUGGGAAUUAUUAUCCAGGCCAACCUGGCGCACCAGGCUUCCCUGCCGCUGGUGGCGCAUCAGCAGUGGAUGAGCUCGUGGCCAACGCGAGGCAAGGCGAUGAUAUCGAUCAGCUCAUCCGCAUGGCCGAAGCUGGCAUCAAGCCAGCCAAGACACCAACGGACGGCGCGCCAAGUGCCCCGCCUCCGGCUGAUGGCGGAGAAAAGAAGUCGAAGAAAGAGAAGGGGCGGAUGGUGUAUGCCGAUACAGAUUUCAGUCCUGAGGAAAGGAUGGCGAUGCUGCCCAAGUACGCUUGGACGCCUGCUACAGCAGCGUAG